CUAUUCCUUGUUAGGAAAAGAGAGAAAUAUCUCCAUAUCUCCUAUAUCAAACAUACCUACCUUCAGCCUAGGAAGAUUUGAAUGAAAUAUGGUGGUCUCGCGCCAUUUGCCUCUCCUGUUCGUCAUCUUCAUUAUUUACUUCGUUUACCGCACUCACUCUUUUGAUGGUCAUAUCAGAUUAUGUGGUGCACGCUUAGCAAACAAGCUGAACGAGGUUUGCAAACAUUACGGUGGUCACCAAACACCUCGUAACAGACGAGCUGCUCACAGCAAUGCAGCCAACAACAGUUUCUUAUUUCAUACUUCGCAUUCACUUGCACCACGAUACAUCCAGGAAUCUCAACUAGAAAGUUUAUUUGCUGGAGCGGCAAUUGGAGAACCUAAAAUGCAUUCAGGCAUUGUUGAUGAGUGUUGCAAAAACCGAUGCAAACUCUCAACGUUACUUUCAUACUGCGCAGAGCCACCCAGGGAAGAGAAUGCAGAUUUGGAAAGGCUGUUCAAAGAAAAAGUGAUACUGUUUGAAGUUUUACCUUCAGAAGAAAACGAUUCUACAAGCAGACAAUUAGUCACUUCAGGUGAUAAUCCUCCUGCCAAACAAGCAGACAUUGCAGACCAACCCAGACAAAGUCUUGGAACAUAUUCUCGGGAAAAACCGUACUUUAUAAUGGAAAACAACCUACGAAGAAGUAACAUGAACAAUGACAAGUUCACAUUUUAAAAGAAAGAUACUACACUGGUACUAAAAGAACUUGAAACUACUUUAAAAGGCUGAAAGUAUCAUAAUUGCUCAUUGCUUAAAUUACAAAAACUAAACUAUUUUGGUAUUAAACUGCCAGAAGGCAACUGAGUUAAAGAAAGAAAGAUAUAGAAUUUCUUGAAUUCUUAUAUGUAUUAUUAUUGGAAAUAAAAUUCUCGUACUUGCU